AGUUCUAGCCAAGUUCUUCCAAGCUUUUCUAGCGGUUUUUCGAGCGAUCUUUCACUACUUUGCGAUUUUUCUGCAAAAUGGCACUCGCAGCAGGCAGUAGCAUUGCAACAAUCCCUUCCUGGCUCUCCAAAUCCGCCGCGCCCAAGUCUCGAUCCAAUCGCUCCUUGAUCCUGCUGCCAGUGAGAGCUUCCUCGGACAAUGGACGAGGCGAUGGAAUCAGCAGCGUUUUGGACAAGACCAAGAAGGAGAUCAGCCGCGAGGAUGUUCUCAAGAACCAGGCCGAGAACGAGUCGGAGAAGCGGUCUGUGUUUGGAGCGGUGCCAUCGUCCGGAGCAUUGUGGCCGAGGCCGGAGAUUGAGAGGCGGCCGGAGACGGGCGAUCGAUCGUUCGCGAGCUUGAUGGCGUUUGAUGGCGCUGGCCCAGAGACGAUCAAUGGCAGACUGGCAAUGGUUGGAAUCUUGUGGGCAUUUGCGGUGGAGAGGAUGACGGGACAAACGGUGGCCGAGCAGCUCUACGCGCCGGGCAACUUUGGCUUGUUUAAUUUCUUGGCGGUGGCACAGCUCUUUGCGUAUGCGUCGCUGGUUCCCCUGUUUAAGGGAGAGAGCCCUGAUAGCCGAUCUUUGGGUCCGUUUAGAGCCAUGGCCGAGCGCUGGAAUGGGCGGACGGCCAUGCUUGGAUUCCUGGCGUUGGUGGUCACGGAAUUUUUCACCAAGACCCCAGUGUUUCACAUGAUGUAAAGCUGUUUUGUUUAGUUAAAGAAUAGUUAACAUAUUUCUUAAGAAUGAUUGUUUUGUUUAAUUUUAAAAAAUAUAUUA